AUGUUUGUGGUGGUUUGGGACACAAUGCAAAACAAUGCACUAAAGCACAAGAUUGCUUUAUCUUGUGGAAAUUCUGGGCAUGAUAUGUUUGGAUGCAGGAAUGAUUAUUCACUGAAUGAUCUCGAGGAAAUUCAAUGUUAUGUCUGCAAGAGACUUGGUCAUUUGUGCUGUGCCAAUUCCGAUGAUGCAACACCAGGAGAAAUUUCUUGUUACAAAUGUGGUCGGUUGGGUCAUUCAGGUUUGGCAUGUUCAAGGUUGCGGGAUGAUAUUGCAAACGGAGCCAUGCCUAGUUCAUGCUACAAAUGUGGUGGAGAAGGGCAUUUUGCUCGGGAGUGCACAAGUUCUGUUAAGGUACAUUUCAGUAUACUUUUUGACCGACUAUUGUUACUUUAA